AUGUGCCUGCACUGGAUCCUCUCAUUCACCAUCAUCGUCAUCCCCCUUAUCCUCAGCAUCGUCAUCGCCUAUCUCAUGAUCUGCUGGGCCAUGCUCCUGUUUCGCCCUAAGGAGCUGGGCGAGUAUGAGCAGUUCUCCAACCAAGACAGCCCAUACGGGACAAGGAAGCUCCUACACUUAGAUGAGCGAGGAAGAGAUGUCAAGCGACAAGACAAGACAAGACAAGACAAGACAAGACAAGACAAGACAGGAUACAGCAACACCAAGGGAGCGGCUAAGACGGCAUCGUAA